CCGCUCCAGUGGAAGGAGGGCCCCUUGCGCGUCUCGUCUUUCCUCGCGAAGUGCCGUUCCAGUGGAGUUGCCAUUUUCCAGUGCGUCUCGAAGCCGACGCGGCCGUGGCGAACCUUUCUCGCUGAGAAGUGACGGAGUGCCUCUCGGAGACCUCCUGUGCUGUGUGUGUGUGCUGUGAAAAUCCUAUCUCGAAAUACGAGAGGAAAAAUACGCGUCGGAGAGGUCCUGAAGGUCCUGCUCCUCUUUGUGUUUUGUGUGUGCGGCCGCAGCGCCGGUUGGAAGUUGUUUCCCGUCGGAACGUGGAUCUACACACCUGCGCCAACGGAUACAGCACAUCGACAGCAGCUUUUAAGGUGCCCGGCCGGAUGCCAGCGAAUGUGAGCGAGACGUGACGCGCCCCGCCUGCUUCGCCAUGGCCUCCACGACGGCCUCCACGACCGCCAUGUCCGCGCUCACGGCGGCCGCCCUGCUGCUGGCCGUGCUGGCCCGGCCCGCGGCCUGCACUGUGGAGCAACUGGCGCCAGACCAUGUCCGGGACUUCUCCUGCGGCAAGAUGUACUACCGCGUCAUGCACCUGGACGACUCCAAGGACUCCCUCUACGUCGGCGCCAUGGACCGAGUCUUCCGGUUGAACCUCGCCAACAUUUCCCAGUCGAGCUGCGACCGGGACUCGCUGAGCCUGGAGCCCAGCAACGUGGCGCAGUGCGUGUCCAAGGGCAAGUCGGAGCAAUUCGACUGCCGGAACCACAUCAGGGUGAUCCAGCCCAUGGCGGACGGCCGCCUCUACGUGUGCGGCACCAACGCCCACAGCCCCAAGGACUGGGUCAUUUACUCCAACCUGACGCACCUGCCGCGGCACGAGUACGUCCCCGGCGUGGGCAUGGGCAUCGCCAAGUGCCCCUACGACCCCUCGGACAACUCGACCGCCGUGUGGGUGGAGCGCGGCAACCCCGGCGACUUGCCCGGCCUCUACUCGGGCACCAACGCCGAGUUCACCAAGGCCGACACCGUCAUCUUCCGGACGGACCUGCACAACCUGACCACGGGCCGCAGGGAGUACACGUUCAAGCGGACGCUCAAGUACGACUCCAAGUGGCUCGACAAGCCAAAUUUUGUCGGAUCAUAUGAUAUUGGCAACUAUGUCUACUUCUUCUUCCGGGAGACUGCAGUGGAGUAUAUUAACUGCGGCAAGUCUGUAUACUCUCGUGUUGCUCGAGUGUGCAAGAAGGACACUGGUGGCAAGAAUAUUUUGUCACAGAAUUGGACAACGUAUCUAAAGGCUAGGCUCAACUGUUCCAUCCCUGGAGAGUUCCCAUUCUACUUCAAUGAAAUCCAAAGCAUUUACAAAGUGCCUGGAGAUGACAACCGUUUCUAUGGAACAUUCACCACCUCUACCAAUGGACUGAUGGGCUCAGCUAUCUGUUCUUUUACAAUUGAAGACAUUGAGGAAGCUUUCCGAGGGAAAUUUAAAGAACAGGCCCAUUCAUCAUCAGCAUGGCUCCCAGUUCUUAGCAACCGGGUUCCUGAGCCUCGCCCUGGUGAAUGUGUGAAUGACACAGAAACUCUGCCUGACACUGUGCUUAACUUCAUCCGUUCCCACCCUCUCAUGGAUGCUGCCGUUUCCCACGAGCGGGGAGUCCCUGUAUUCUUCAAACGCGAUUUGAUUCUCACUCACCUUGUUGUCGACAAAAUCAAUAUCAAUGUUGAUGGAGAGGAGAGGAACUAUGUUGUUUACUAUACUGGUUCAAAUGUUGGUAGAGUUUACAAAGUUGUGCAGUGGGUGAGAUCUGAUGGGGAGCCGCAAUCUAUUCUUCUUGAUGUUUUUGAUGUCACACCCGGUGAACCAAUCAGACUGAUGGAGAUUUCUAGAGAGCACAAGUCAUUGUAUGUAGCCUCCGACCAUCGUAUCCGUCAAGUUGAUCUCGUAAUGUGCAACAGGCGUUAUAACAACUGCCUCAGAUGUGUUCAUGAUCCCUACUGUGGUUGGGACAAGGAUACAUCAACCUGCAAAAGCUAUGAAUAUGGUUUGCUUCAGGAUGUAUCUAAUGCCACUGCUGGAGUCUGUGACUCUUCAGUUUUAAAGAAGAAACUUGUUGUUACUUGGGGGCAGUCUAUACACUUGAGCUGCUUCCUUAAAAUGCCAGAAGUUUUGAGGUCUCAGACAGUAACAUGGUACCACUAUUCCAAGGAAAAGGGUCGUUAUCAAAUUCAAUUCCGUGCCGACAAAUACAUUGAAACCUCUGAACAUGGCCUAGUGAUCCUAGGUGUCACUGAGGCUGAUGCAGGUCGUUAUGACUGCUGGAUGGGAGGCUCUCUGCUUUUGUCCUACAACAUUACAGUUGAUGCCCAUCGGUGUCUUUCACCAAACAAAAGCCAGGAUUAUCAGAAAAUUUAUUCUGACUGGUGCCAUGAAUUUGAAAAAUACAAAAUGGCCAUGAAAACAUGGGAGCGCAAACAAGCACAAUGCAGUUCGAGGAAAAACGACAGUAAUCAAAAUGCACACCCUAAUGAAAUAUAUCAUGGUAGCCCUCUCCUUUGAUAGACAUUUGGUGAUGUCUGAUGGACUGAAGACUGAUUUGCUGAAAUACUCCAGUUAACAUCAGCAUAUUUGUAUAAUGUGUGUUCUGUUCUGGAGAAAUCAAAUGCAAUAAUGUAUUUAAAUCAAGAGACACUUCUACUUUUGAAGACUAUUGAUAUUGUUGUGAUUGGUGUGUUGUCUGUGUGUGCUUGCUUGUAUGAGACAUUUUCCAGUGAUUUCUACCUUAGUUAUGAAUUAGAAACAAAAAUGUCUUGAUUGAUUUGAAUUAAAACUUGUGACUUUAAAUCUGUCUCAGAAUUCUAAAGGAAGAGAUAGUUAAGUUUGGUAGGGAAAACCUUAACAGUGUUCUGUGCCUGAUAAUUUUUUUUUUUAAAUUUACUUUUGAGAAGUUUGUGAGCACUGUUUUUGGAUGGUCUAGGCAGGAUUAAUCAGAAGUUCCUCAUCACGCACCCUGAACCCCAAAAAAGAGGGGGAAGCCAUGUGAGUGCCAAGGUUUCAUCUAACAGUUAAAAAUUUCCUCACCAAGUACUGUAAUGUUUAAGCUUACUACAUUUAUGUUCUAAGAAAUAUCCAUUUGACCAUCAAAGUUUCUAUUUGAAGCCUCAUGAUUCUUUGAUUACCAAUCUUGCCUCUUCCCCACCCAAUUCAUUCAUAAACUUGUUAAUUUUAGGAAUGUUAUUUAAUUUAAGGCUAGGUUAUAUGUCUUGUUAAUGAACAAAUGUAAAUAAUAUGGCUUAGUUACUUGAGUUAAUAUUUGUGUUUGGAAGAGUUAAUGUUCUGUGUCUACAAACAUUUGGAUACGUUGAAUACGUAUAAACACCUAAAUUAAGGCUUUCAUUUUUAUUUUAAGACACUCUUGUUGCAUAGCUUCCCUUUUGCCACCAUCUGUUCCCUAAUGUACAUUUAUGAAUAUAGAGGACUAUUUACAGAUAAAUCUGAUAUUUUUUAUGCCCUUUGUAGAAGAAUUGUGAUGAUAGUUGAAUGUAUGAUAAUGUUUGAAUGUUGUUAUGUAUUAACCCAUUCAGUUUGGUUUUUCCCUUUAAAAGUCAGUGUUUCUUUUGCAUUGAGGGGUGCUUAUAUCAAUGACAUAUUGUUUCUGUUACUCUGUUGAUUUCUCUCUUUUUCCAAUACCUUUGCUAUAGUAAGUGUAUGAUUGAUUCGCCUUUAGACCUGUAUGACUCAUCCUUGCCCAUUGACUGUUAAUUAUUUUUCAGCAUUCACAUGUCUGUGUAGCAGCUGUGCUUGUUUUGUUCUGCAAGUCCAUGAGCAAUAAUUUACAGUGUAUUGAUAUUACAUUAUUGGCAAAGAUUUAGUUGUUAAUCCUUAUGUAUUUUCUCUGACCAUUCUUUAAUUAUAGAAUGAUAAGUAGGCACUUUGAAUAUGACAUCAUUGCAGUCAGUUAAGUCUGCAAGCCAUCUAUUGUUUCUAGAAUUUUUAUAUCUUGCCUCUUUUGGAUAUGAGCACAGCAAUGUAUUACCUGUGUAAUUUACUUAUGCCCGCUCUAGAGCAUUUGAAAUUCUUUAUGAAAUUGUUGUAUUUGUUCUGAGUUCUGAUGAAUAGAAAUACCUUAUUUUGAUUUGUGUUAAAAACAACUUUUACUCAUAGUUUCAUAGUUUAAUGAAAUAUAUAACAUAUCUCACUCUCUCCUACUCAGAUUUAGGAAUCAUGUAUUACAGUUGUAUUUUUCACUGAGCAGAAGUCAACGUCACAAAACAACCCAAAAUCUUGUUCUGCCAUUUCAAUUUUCAUGUGGUCAAAUGUGUUCAGAGAAAAAGACAUUCAUUUGUGUCAAGACGUGUUCUGAUUUAUGUUGUCAAAUUUAGUCACAAAGAGUAAAACUUUUUUUUUUCUUUUUUGAUCAUUGAAACUUUGGAACACGGGAAAUAUGUUGGUGCUUCAAGGAAAAUAUGACUGUUUUGAGUUUGGAAAUGUUCCUUUCCUCGUUUGAAAGCUAUGCAUUUCAAUACUUUGAUUUCAAACUCUUGAAACAUUUUAUCUUUGAGACAAAAGUGAUUCUGAUGCAAAAAAUGGAAAAUACGAUGUUUAGUUGACAACUACAUACCUAGUUUUUUUCUUCUGGUAAAUCAGAACACUUCAUUUUUAUAUUUUUAAGUGAGUGUGAGAUCUUGGUAUAGUGUGGACAGCAGCAGAAUGGCACACUGCCGCUGCGCCGGACAGUGCCCAGCUGUGAUAUAUAGUUAGCAUUCGACCUACCUUUAAAAACCAUCAGUGUUGCCAUCUUUUUAGAAAAAAGUUUUCCUAAGUUGAUCAAUCAAUAUUCCAGAAUUUCUUAAACCUGCUCAGUGCCACCACAAAUAGUUCAACGUUGUGCAAAUCAUGGCAUUGCUAUAGAUGUUUUUAAUGUUGUUAUAGCGUCCUAAUAGGAAAAUGAAACUUUCAUUUCAAAUAUGUCUUAGAGCUGUCAUUGCAACGAGACAAUGACAUUGGCAUCUCUUUUCUAGAGGCUUAAGGUGGCAACGCUGAUUAUUAAGGCCUUAAUUACAUGCACUGAUGUAUGUAUUUACAAUCUGAAGGGGCAUAUGUGGGUUAAAUCCUCCUUUCUCACCACAUAGCUGUAAUACAGUAUGUCUCUUUCUCAGUGUUUCAUUUGUUUUACUGAGCUCUCUCCCUCUCUAUCUCUCCUACCUGCCAAGUUUAUUUUUAAAUAAAUCUAAGUAGAUUCCUGCUUUGUUGUGUAGUGAGAGAUUAAUCUGAAAACACAAUAACACCUUCAUAUUUUGUAUUGAUAAAUUUCAGCUGUAAAGUGUUGUAAAUACAACAAGUGUCAUGUUUCUCUCAUGAA